CUGGUCACGGAUGACCAACACGCGUUGAUAAUGUCCGUGUACUCAGCCGUCGGCGUGGUCGUCUCUUUGUUCGGACUCGUCACCAACGCCAUCAACAUGAAAACAUUCGUUGCCAUGGGAGCGGAAGACGGCGUCACGAUGUCGUUCCUGUUCCUGUCGUCCGCCGAGUUCGUCUGUUUUUUGGCGGCGCUCGGCCAGGAAGUGGGCAUGGCUCUUCGGGUGACGGAAAAAAUCAGCGGCUAUCAGAUUGUUUUCGGUUAUCAGCCGAUGGUGUUCAAUCUCUUCUUUGCGAACGUUCGAAAUUGCCUGUUUACCAUUCCGGUCUUGAUUACGCUGUAUCUCUCCGUGGCUAAAUGCAUGUGCGUCGUCAAACCGCUGCAUUUUAAGAACACGUUUUCCAAGCAGAGAACCGCGUGGGUUUUGAUGGGGAUCUCCGUGUUCGCCGUCACCAGCUACGUCCCCAUCUUCACCAGCGCCGGUGUCAGCGUACAGUACGAUCCGAACAUCAACCAGACCAGACCAAUGCUAUGGCUGUCGCUUAACCGGGACGUCGUGGUGAAUAUUGUGCGGAGCAUCCGAGAUUCGUUCCCCGCUUUCGCCUCACAGGGUGUUAUCACCAUCUGCGUUUUCGUCAUGUCCAAAGCGUUACGCAAAACGGCAAAGUUCCGAGCCUCCGCCAAGACAUGGAUCGCCGCCCACGAUCGGCACGACGAGAAACUGAGGGGCGCCGAGUUACAGGUCAUCAAGCAGGUGGUGGUCAUCUCUGUGGUUUACAUUGUUGGCAACACGCCCAAAAUUAUCGUCAUACUCGCGUCCUCCCUGGUGGCCGAGCUGAACAUCGGGAAACGCUACCAGAACUUGUCCAACAUCCUCUCCAACACGCGAGAGCUCAUCGAGAUGAUGAUGUCCGCCGUCAACAUUGUCAUCUACUACAAGUACAACUCCACGUUUAGGAGAAACUGCACGGUCGUCAAAUGUUAUUUAAAAGUCAGCAGAUCUACAUUGUAGAUGUAUUACUUUUAUUCGUGGUAGUGUAGUACACUUUUGUAUGUCUCUAAAAUACCUUUUAUGAAGGAAGGUUUUUUUUUAUUUUUUAUUUUGAGUUACAAACUUAAAAAAAAAUAAAUUCAGAAUGGGAAGCUAAACUCAAAAAAUAACUUUAUUGAUGGGAGCUUUUAUAACCACGGAGAGAAAACAAAAACUUAACGUGUGAUUACGAUAGUGGCAAAGGACGAGCCUUGUUAUCGAUGCUUCAUAAAUACGCAAAAAAGUGGAAGGAAACAAGUUUAACCCUUGGUUAAUCGAACGUCAAACUUUAGCACGAUUUGUUACGCAGUGAAACUCUGCAAAGUUUGUCUACAAUGUUGUAUUCGGCAACAGAUAUUUCAUUAAACAAUUUUUUUUAGGGCAUCGGUCCAUUUCAAGGAGACCAAAUUAGUUAGUUUUUUUAAAUUUGGGUGUUGCAGUUGGGAGUUGCUGAAGCACAUAUCUGGGCGAGAAGUUUGUAUGGAGAAAAAGCAGAUUCUCAGUCAACAAAUCAAAACUCUCUUUGCUGCUGGUGAGCGCAGGAGAGCAUCAAACGGAUGAUGCAGCCUGUCGACAGAGGAAUUGAAAAAAAAAACGCAAUAAAAAUUUCACUCAGCUUAAAUUCUGAAAUUUCGCUCAUCAAAUUAAUUGGAGAAAAUGGCUUGGCUCCAACGUUAGCGGGAUGAAUUUGUUUUCACUGCAAGUUUUCUUCCGGUAAAAUCAUUUUUAGAAAACUCAGAGGAAUAUUUCCUGGAAAAGACGAUGCAAGUACUUUUAAUUUCAGCUUCAGGCGUGAUAUAUUUAUUUCACAUGAAGUUGAAAAUAGCUGUAAAUGCUUGAAAUGUCGUGAAGCGAGCUGUGGGUCCAGCUAUAAUGGAAAUCAAUGUCAGGGUCAAACAUUCGUUUCUUAUGAAAUUGAAUUCUUGGCAUGGUUCAGAAGACGUGUUGGAAUCACGCGGGGUGUACUCAAAAAAUAUGUUUCCAUUUUUUUAAAAUUGGGAAUUCAUGACUGAUGUCUGCUGUUCAACCUGACCUUUGACCUCUUAUAGAAAUUUCGCAACUCAUCCUGAAAAAUAUCCCAGUUUACGCAUCAAUAUUUUUAGAGUGGUCAUUUCAAUCUCAGUAGCAGCUUUCUGGGCUCGAAAAGUGUCGCUGCAAGGGUGAAUCACGCUUACUUGUUUUCACUCAAAACGUUGCCACAAUGACACACAAGAAGAAUGUCCUAUCUUUAAUAGCUCC